UAAAUAGCCCUCCCCAAUCGCCUGUUAUGAACCGCAAUGAGAUCCUGUGCUGUAUUUUAUCUCCUCCUCUGGCCACACGAAAAUGGCCACGCAAUGCAUUCCCGCACUUCUAUAUGUCACAGCCUGUAACCCCGCACACACGCUGCUGCAGCCCCGUCAUCCGGACACGUUAACAGCUUGUGUGAGCACAAUCUGAGCCAUUAUGACUGGAAGGGAGCGAUGUAACUUUCCCGAAAGAAGUGGGCAAAAACAAGAGCCUCUGUAGUGUAACCAUAGGAGUGUAACCAGUCCGCCACCUAGCUGCGGAGACGCGCCGAUCGGUCGACUGUAUGAUUAUGAAAACACCCGCGCCAAUGUUGUUGCACAGUCGGCUCCGAGCUCCGAUGAGCCUUAAACUCGGUUUUAGGAGGUGUUUUAACCUCUGCUUGUCUUCGUUAUGUAAUCAAAGCAACAUCUAAUGCGCCAGAAACCUCCGGAUUGCUGAAGGGGGGAGCAGGACAGCAACACCUUAACCUCAUGCCGAAACGCAGUUGGCUCCGGGACGCGCUCUCGGUUCAAGCUUAAAGGACCAGAGAAAGACAUUCCUUCGCUGGAUAAAAAGCCCAACUGGACUUGGACUAUAUCAGGAUAUUAUUUUGGGAACCUAAACCUACAUUUGGCUCUUUGCUCUUGAGCCCAAUAACCCCAGCGGGAUAAUUUAAAAGUGUUAAACUGGGAACCCCACAGCAUCCUGCCUCCCCCCCCCUGACUUCUCUGAUGGACCAGAGAGUGAAGGGGGGAACCCCUCCAACCACAAACUCCACUGUGGACCCCACCUCUGCAUCUGAAGACUCUGAAGUUUCAGAGAAAAAGCGAUGGGGUGAGGGUGAUGCAGAUGUUGGGCAGAAGGAGGAGGAGAAGAGAGGAUCAGGGAAAAAGAGAGAAGGGGACAAGGGGGCAGUUCUGGAGCUGCUGAUCGAGGGCCGCUGUGGAAGCACAGGGCAACAACAGCUUCAGAUCUCCGGCAGAGAGACCAGCUGCCCCGAGGGAAAUGUACGACUCCGCAUUGGGCUCCAGGCCAAACGCACCAAGAAACCGCCGAAGAUCUUGGAAAGCUACGUCUGCAAGCCCACCAUAAGGACCUAUCAGAGGCAAGCCAGGGGGGGACUGCUAAAGGGAGAUGGAGAAGGGGGACAGCAAAACAAAAACAGCUCUACUCCAGUCGAGGCAACCAGAGAUCAACGCUCAGCCUUGGAUGCUGUCCAGACCACGUUCAAACAAAAUGCAUCUGCUGCUUCACCACCACUUGCAUCAUCAUCAUCAUCAUUAUCAUCGUCACCACAGCCAGCGUCUACCACAGCUUCCAAGGCAACCUCGGUCCCUGCCAUAAUCAGCCAAGGAACCAAGUCUGCCAAACAGGUUCCUGUCAAACUGGCUGAUAAGACAGAGGUGAACUCAAAUGGUUCAUCUGAGAGAGUGAAGAAAGACAAGCUUCCUAAUACCAACGGGCAGACUGUCAAUGCAGGACAGAAACCCUGCUCGCCUACAAUAGACCAGACGGUUUCCUCCACUCCUUCCACCGCAGGCAUCCAAGUCCCGUCUGUACCGGAAACCAGGAAUGAAGGAAAGACCUCCAAGAUACAUAAUGGUUUGGUUCAGACAACAAAACAGAAGGGGCUAUCUAACGGGAAAAGCUCUGCUGGCAUCCUUGGCACUUCCACCUCGUCAAAAAGCAAAGUUGGAAAACAGAGUAGUUCUUCCUCUGUUCCCUCCAUGGACUCUUCGGCAAAACCUCCAGUCUCUAUCAGCGCCAAUAAAGAACUCAGCCUGUCCAACAAGAGUAGGCCAGACUCUCCUUCCUCCUCUUCAGCCACCCCUAAACCACAGUCCUCCCCCUCUGUGGAUAUCUCCUCUGCCCAAUCCAAAGAUCAGGACCCCCCUCUAGAGAAAAAGAGAGACAAAGAGAGGAAAGCAAAGAAAGAGAAACGGAAAGACAAGAAAUCUAAACGAGAUAAAUUGGAGGCUGAAACCGCAAAGAGUGAGAUCAGAAAGGAUGAAGGCAAGAAGAAGAAAAAGGAGAAAGGGAAGGAUAAAGGGAAAUCAAGGCACAGUAAAGAAAAGGAUGAAAGACAUAAGACUGAAGAUAUUUUGAGGGAUGAGUUAAACAUUGAAAAAGGAAAGGCUGACAAAAAAAGGGAUAGGCUUAGCCCAGACAGACAACAAACAGAAGAUAAUACAUUUGGAGAAUCAGUUGAUAGUGGUAUACUAGAUAAAACAUGUAAAAUAGUCAAUCCAGGCAGACCAGAUGAGAGAGAAAAGACGGAUGACGGUUGCAAGCCAGUUAAGCAAGCAGAGCCAGCAACAGGUGACACCAGUAAAUCAAAAGAACAAGAUGUCUCAAGGCAUUCAAAUGUGCCUCCAAGCCACCCCUCUUCUUCUGCUCCGCCCUCUUUACCCACUCCCUCUGCCCGUGCCCCUGUUUCUCCCCCUCGCUCCCCCCAAGAGCAGGACAGCCGUCCGCUCAAAAAACGUAAAGCCAGGCGGCCCAGCUGGACCAAGCUUGUGCAACGGGCUCAGAGGGCAGAAAAUCAGGAAGCCCCGUCAGAUUUCCAACAUAAUCCUCUACACAGCUUUCCCCAAAACCCCAAGUCCCCCCUUCCUGCCAAGGCCACCGUUCAGCAGACUGAUGACUCCCGACCAUCUCCGUCUAGCUCUUUAACAAGCAGCUGCCCCCCACUCUCUUCUGCAACCAAACCCUCAUCCCCAAAGCAGAGUUACCCCACAUCAGACCAUAGCCACCAUGCUUCCAGAUGCCAAAUAACCCCUGCCCGAAAAAGAGGCCGCCCUAAAACCCCGAGCUCUAGCUUAGAUGAACCUCCCCCUAAACGUUCACCCAAUGCUGUCCCUACUGAUGUGCCUCUUCUGGGGUGUGACGCAGUUCAGAAAGCCCCUGUGCUAGAGCCAAGUCCCAAACUGCAGUGUGCCACUCAGUCUAAAUCCAGCCCCAAGAAGCGUGGCCGUCCUCCCAAACAACCACUCCCAGUGGACCAGAGCGGAGACGUACUGAAUCGCAGGAACAACACUUUUCAUCCUUCUGAACAGGGGAACAGGCAGCUUAAGAUCAGGAGGCUGAUUAAUGAGAUGAAGAAAAGAAAAAAGAAGAGGCUUCACAAAGUAAUGCUUUCUGGGUAUGUGGGAAAGGAGGGAAGGGCAGGCCAGGCAGCAAAUGGCGAGACGUCUCUGGGAAUUUGUAAAUCGAUAGAGGCUACAACAGUGAACACACUCUCAGCCCUGUCAUCCUCCUUUGGGAGCAAGCUGGGCCCUCAGAUCAAUGUGAGCAAGAGAGGGACCAUCUACAUGGGCAAGAGGCGGGGACGCAAGCCUAAGGCCCAAACAUCUUACCUUAAUUCCAAGAACGCCACUCAAUCAUCCCUGUUUACCACAUCCUCUGAAUCAAGUCUCUUCUCCUCUAACCAACCCCAGCCCCCUUCCUCUCAUCCAUUUCCCUCCCCAUCUCUCACACACUCCAGUGGGGCCCAAAGCCCUUAUAGUGAAGGAAGCCUCACAGAACCAACAUCCUCCCUACUUUUUCCUCACUCCUUCUCCCUUCCUUCCCCAUCGUCCUCCUGUACCUCCCCACGCCCUCCCUCCUCCUCAUCCCUCUCUCCCUUUGUGAAGAAGAGUUGUCCAUGUCAGGGAAGGCAUCACUUCCCCUUUCACCAGUCGUCAUGUAAGCUCUCCUGUCCCACCCUCGCUCUGCACCACACACCUGGUUCUCCCAGCCACCUAAAAGAGGCCACCCCCUCCCCCAGGAGUGAGUCGCACAGUGAGGAGACGCUGCCCAGCGACAGUGGGAUAGGAACAGAUAACAACAGUGUUUCUGAGCGAGCAGAGAAGAGGGGAGUUCGAGGCAUGUUCAGGUUGGGCCAGGGGUCAGGAGUUAUUCUUGGGGGACAAAAGCACCUCUCCUCUCUUGUGGAUCGCCCCUCUCCUGUCUCUUCCCCCCUCUCUCUCAUGCCAAGACACACAAGCCCCAUCAGCAACUCCUCUACUCUGGAGCGGCACAGAGACAAACACAGGCACAGACGGAGGGAUUACGACUGUUCCUCGGCCUAUAGUUGCUUGUGCCCCUGCCCAGGACACAACAAGUGCACUCAUUCUGACUUUUACCCUUGCCUUGGGCACAAUGCACUGAAGAGGCAGAAAAAUAAACAUAAGAAGAAGCACCAGCAGCUGCACAUGCAGGAUCCAGAGUUCAUGGCCGAGUUAGAAGAUCUGAUCGGUCAGUUCAGCGAGGUCCAUAUCGGGCGGCGUAGUUGGGCGCGGACGGGCCUGGGACAGGGCUUUGAUGGGAGUGGUAAUGCUCCUGGAGGACGGCGUCACCACUCCCCCUCAAAUUCUCUCCGCUCCAACAUCUUCAGGAUAAAUCUGAAUGGCUUUUACUCGCCUCACACUUCAUCUUACGCUGGUAAUCCUUCCUUUUCACCCCAGCCUUUCUACCCCUGCCAGCCUCUGCAUUGCAACAGGAAGCAAGACCGCAGGCAAUGUGGUUGCCCUUCAAAGUUCCAGGACACCAUCGAUAAUAUGGGCUUUUAUAGCGGCUAUCCCCCAGCCACAACACUCUACCACCACCUCCCCAGCUCUUAUCAGCUUCCCUCUCCACACCAGUAUUCCCCCCAUCAGUCCCAUCAUGCCCACUUCCUCCUCAACCCUGCCAGGUUCCACAGGCGGAGGAGCAGGUUGCUGAGGGAAGGAGCUUUAGGAGGAGAGGCUGAGGGAGAUAUGGGGGGAGGUAGUGGAGGAGGCCCACACCUUAGCUCAGGGUUCACCUCCAGUCUCUCCUGUGGCUGUGGGAGGAGCGAACACAAACACAAACAUAAACAUCGGCACAGGCACUGCGAGAGAGACAUGGAUGACGAGGAGGAGUUGCCCGAGGAUGAGGAGGAAGAUAGGAGGGAGAGGGAAGUGUUGCUCAAUUCAAAGUCAAGGUCAGGGUUCAUUUUAGGUCAAGGAGAAGGAGGAAGGAAAGGGGCGAGAGGAAUGGGGUCCACUGCUGCUUCAACAUCAUCAUCAUCCUCAGCAGAAAGGUACAAACACACAUCUCUCACCUCACUGGGGUUGGGCUCCUCUCACCUAUCUUCAUUUGGAGGAAGCUGGGGGGGCCUGGGCCAGAGUUGGAAGAAAUUUGGGGGGCUGGGAGGGACAGGAUUUGGAAAUUCAUCCCCCAGCUGGAAAGGCUUCUCCGCGGAGUUCAAUACAGGCAGACUGAUUGCAUCGGAUGGAGAAGAAGAAGACGGUGAGGACGAGUCAAACCUGUACAGGACAUCCCCGUCUCCAACACACACCAACCUGUUCACAUCAGCUGCCGUGACAACAGGGGGGAGGGGUCUGAACAGCGGAUUGGCCGGUAGGAAUCCAGGAAGUGGAGACAGGUCGUGGAGGAGGGAGGAGCCAGCAUGGACAGAGAGGAGAGGAACAGGUUUACAAGGUGACUCAAGAAGCCGCGGGCAGCAGAAAAAUGUGCCAACGCUCGACAGUGUGGCAGGAGGAAAAAAGAGAAGGCCAGGACGGCCCAGAAAGAACCCACUGCCCUCUGCUGUAUCCCCCCCCACACACUCAUCUGCAGCUCCCUUCGUGUCAUCAAAUGAUCAGUUGCCAGGACAUAACAGAGAUAGUAGAGAAGCAAUAGGGAGUAAAGAAGGGCCAGUGAGAGAACGAGGAGGUGACACCAUCCAGCAGGUGACUGAAGUGGAGCUGCAGGCCAGGAGGAAGAAGCGACAGAAGAGAAAACAUGGUGACUCUCCCUGUCAACAGAGUGUCGCUGAGGAUAAACCUGAGUGUGACACCCUACCUGAAUGUUUCAGCCAUUCAGAUCUCGACCAGGCUCCAUCUUCACCGGAAACCAUCCUAAGAGAGGAGAGCGAAGAUGAGCCUCCCGGGAAGACGUUUCUGAGGGCGGGUCUUUACUCUGAUGAUUACAAAACUAUAGACCCGCCCUCCCAAGCCCAGCAGUCGUGCACAGAGAGCAUGGAAGACACUUCAGGGGAUGAGCGUGAAUACAGCCUUUUACCUGCUCCCAUAAAUGUUGGGAAGUACCUAAGGCUGAAGCGGAUGAAUUUCCAGUUACCCUAUGAUGUGAUGUGGCUGUGGCAGAACAAUCAGCUUCACAGUCAGCCUGCUGUUCCCCUGAAGAGGAAGCGGCGUUACUGUGAGUUGCUAGUUUUGGAUGUGUUAUCUUCAGGUUUAGUAAAUGCAUCAGAUACAUUCUCUCAUACUGCAACUGACUGUGUUACUGUCUCUCUUUGUCACUCAGGCCAGCUGAAGAUGAGGAGUUUAUCCUCUCAUCAGACAGCGGAGAGCUCUAGUGAAACUGCUGGCUUGUACCCUCACCUCGACCUGGAGCCUUUGACCAGUGUUGAGAGGAGCUUUGUGGUGAAACAUCACGUCUUCCUGGUGAGGAACUUGGAGAUGGUGAGAAACAGACAGAUCCGGCUGAGGAUAGAGAGGGAGAGGAAAGGAGACAUGGAGGAAGAGGGGAGGGACUCACAAGGUCUGUCCUGCGAUGGAGCCGAUGAUGAGGAAGACAGCCACAUCAAGUCAGAUCAGGAAGCAGGGAUUGAGGGGACGGUUAUCAGCAGUGACCCCCACCAUCAGAGUCGAGACACCUCCAGCUCGCUCACGGCCAGCCCCUGUCCCACCAAAACCCAGAACAGACAACAGGAGGAGGGAGAGGAAGAAAAACCAGAAGAAGAGGUCUGCACCAGAGAACAGAGAGGAAAACGGCUGAAUGAUUUACUUUUGACCCUGCAGCAUUCAUAAGCUAACUGAGAGUAUCUUGUUUUACGUAGGUUGGACCACUCUGAGAAAGGGACCAGGCCCACCACCGGACAGAUGGACAGGAACUGAUGUCACAGCACUGCUAUCAACAGAAGUAGUGCCAGAGAGAACAAGCGAGAAAAAGGAGAGGAGGGAUGGAGAAUUAUUGCGGCUGAAAAAUGCAAAAAAGACAUCUCACACACUGACAGAUGAGUGUGGUGAACCGAUCACUCUGAAGGGCAUCACACCAAGAAUGAAACCAUGGCAACACUUCUUUUGUCCAAGAGGCGAGGGAUGAGAGAAACGGAGAUACACUGUCCCGGAUGAAAGAAAGAAACAGACCAGCUGAUAUGAAUUUGCACUAGUGCUGGAUGAUCAAGCACACUAAAGACUGUAUGUAUGUAUGCUGAGUGGACACACUAUAAACACAUACACUUUUACUUCGGCACCUUAAGCAAACUAGGAAAGACAGACAUUGGUCACGGACUGAAAGUGGACAUAUAUGGUACGCGAGGAGCUCAGGAGAUGCCUGGGGGAACAAAAAUGUAGCCUGGGCCCAAAGUAGGUCAAAAUUGAACCCUCUUUUUACUCAUUAAGCUUUCAAAGUCACAUUGCCCCUUUGGGAAACGAGACAAGGAGAAGUGAAAGCUGUUGAGAGACAGUGGUAGGUUUUCCUUAACUUUUCCAAGACAGCGUCUGCUAUGUACCAGUGAAUAGGCAGGGGAGGGGCGGGCUUAGUGAUAGGAAUUUUGGCAUUGCUGCAAGAGAAUUUCUAAUGAGGUUUUAAGAAAGAAGUUAUUUUUUGAAAAAAAGGACAGCUUGAGCACUGUCUGCUAAAGAGAUGGGCAAAUGUAUAUUCAUGAUAGGAAUGUUUAUUGUUGACUAUUUUCAGUAUUGCUUCCUGGGGAAGGGAUGGAUAAAAAGUGUUUUGUUUACUUCAGGCUGCCUUUGAGAAUGUUUUUGCUCCCGAGCAUUGACAAUCAGAAUGUCCUUGGGUGAAAGGAGAGAAAACUAGAAUUGAUUUGCCCCAAAUGCUCUGUGGAAGUGCCAUGUUGUCUUGUGUACGUACCUAAGUGAACUCUCAUGCAGUCUUUAAAAGCAAUAUCUUCUCUGAUAAGGACUAUAUAAGGACUUGUGUUUUUUUUAGUUGUGAAUAUGUGAGGAUAGGAGGUCAUUUUCCUGUACAGUUGCAAAGUAGAUUGUUCACAUUUUAGGAACAUUGGGUUAAUCCACUUAGUGGAAGAAACCAUAAGCGUUUAGUUUCAUGUAUAUGUACAUAGAGAGAGACCUGCUUUCCUCCUAUCAGCAGUAGCGUGUACAAUGAGUAUUAUACAUGACAAUACUAUUGGGAUAAUACAUACAACUUAAUAAUCAUUUCAUGAUUUUACUAACAUGUUUUUAACGGAUUAUACAGCUGACCAAUAUACAUGUAUCAGUAAUUUGUCCCUAAAUAAUUGACUAUGAUUGUAUGAUUUAUUGUGUAGAAUUAAAUAACUUUUUUUUAACUGACUUUUUUUGGUCAGACAAUCAGUGACAGUGAAAUAGUUUUGCCAGUGUUACAUUUCUGCUCUCUUUCAGUAGUGUGGCUUCUAAUAACAAGCCGAGAAAGUGCAAUUUCUUUGACUGUUUACAUACUGUGUAUAUUUUUCCUCUUUCCUUUUUUAACUAAGAGCACUACAUUAUUGCCGGUGGAUGGUUAACUUUAUAGCAAAGGUACACAUAAAGAGUUAUUUAUCUAGUUUGCAUGACAUGUAACCUUUGCCUGUUGCCUCUGAUAAUGUGCAUCUCAAAAAACAAAACAUCAAAAAACAGUUAUAACUCAAUGCCAUAGAAUGUCAGCUCAGAUCUUUUGCCUCUAUAACCAUAAUAAUAAAGCAUUUUAUGUCUACUAGUU